AUGAGACAUUGAACACAAUGCACUCUCCACCAUUCAUUAAUGAGGAAAUUUGAAGCCACACAUAAACUGGAUAUUCCUCUAUGUUAUCACCACUCUUAGGAUUGAGAAAUUCCACGUGGCCCAAUAAAAAGUAACACGCAAGCCACAUUAGCCAAUGACAAUCCACUUUUGGAUUCACCCAAUAUCUAAUACAUACUUCACUGCUUCUUUAAUUUCCUACACAUACCCAAAUCUCUUUGAGUCUUCAACUCUAAAAAAACAAUAAUAAAAAAUGGCAGCAAAUACCUUAAUGAGCUGUGGCAUCGCCACCGCUUUCCCCUCUGUCCUUUCCUCCUCCAAGUCGAAAUUCACCACAUCCGGCCAGCUUCCCUGUGCCAAUGCCUCGUCACGGUUCUCCAUGACCGCCGACUGGAUGCCGGGUCAGCCCCGCCCUCCUUACCUUGAUGGCUCAGCACCCGGUGACUUUGGUUUCGACCCACUUCGCCUUGGUGAAGUGCCUGAGAACUUGGAGAGGUUUAAAGAAUCCGAGUUGAUUCACUGCAGAUGGGCUAUGCUUGCUGUUCCAGGAAUUUUGGUACCUGAGGCGUUGGGUUUGGGAAACUGGGUGAAGGCUCAAGAAUGGGCAGCAGUUCCAGGAGGGCAAGCUACAUACUUGGGAAACCCAGUUCCAUGGGGUACUUUGCCUACCAUUUUAGUCAUUGAGUUCCUCUCCAUUGCCUUUGUAGAGCACCAGCGUAGCAUGGAAAAGGACCCUGAGAAGAGGAAGUACCCUGGUGGAGCUUUUGACCCCUUGGGCUACUCCAAAGACCCAGUCAAAUUCAAGGAAUACAAAGUCAAGGAGAUCAAGAACGGACGACUUGCAUUGUUGGCUUUCGUGGGGUUCUGUAUUCAGCAAACAGCUUAUCCUGGAACCGGUCCAUUAGAGAAUUUGGCUACUCACUUGGCUGACCCAUGGCACAACAACAUUGGAGAUAUCAUUAUCCCAAGAUCGCUUUGAAUUAAAAGUUUUAAAUUAAUUUACACUGAUCGAUCACAUGUAAAAUUCCAUGUAUCCACUUUGUAAUAUUGAAUCCAAAGUCUUCACUCUUGAUUUGUUUGGUAAUUAAUGUAUGUGAAGUGACUACCGGAUAUUCAUUCGGAAGUAACUAGUAAGGAUCUGUAUGUGACCUCAUGCAUAUGUGUUUAACAGAUCUUUAUUAUUACUGUGUACGACUAAUUUUGUUUGUUGGUUUCAUAUAAUAGAUAGUUAUAACGUACAAACAUUGGCCGUCAA